UAUUAUUGAUGAACUACAUGAAAAAUCUAAAAUUAAAGAUAAUAGAAUUAAUAAAAUUGGUAAUACCUGGAUCCAUCAAGAAGGACCAAGAUUGGAUCAUGCAGAUUAUCUAAACGACAAGAUUGAAGUUCGUAUUGCAGAAGGAAAAGGAAGAGGUUGGUUUGCCAAACAAGAUAUUCCAGAGCAUACCCUUUUGAUUUCCUCUAAACCGUUUGAAAUUGCAUACUACGAUGAAGCACCUGAGCAUACACAAUCUAUAAUUUCCAAAAUUGUACCACCAGGUUGUAUUAUUGACUCAUCUGUAGUAGUAGGAGUAGAAUUAAUGAUUCGUAUCACUCAAAAACUUUUAGUAGAACCAGAACGUUGUCGUGAAUUUUAUCAAUUGUAUUGUGGACCGAACUUAGUACCUAUGGAAAAACUUAAUGAAGAGAUGUUAUAUUGUGUGGAUGUUAAUAGAAUUAUGAAAAUUUUUGCAUACGAUAGUUUUGAGCAAAUUGAUAGAACAAAUAAUAUUAAAC